CUAAAAACAAAGGUUCACAUGCAAGAGGCAGCAUGGAAAUGUUAUCCGAUGCCAUCCACUCUGAAUUAUCAUGCAGGAACGCCUUUUCACCACAUGUUCAUGAAGACAAUUAAACAAGCUGCAACUGAACUCCAGGGUCUUCAUUUGUGGUUUAACUCGGUGUCACCAACAGCUACGUUGAAAACACUACAGUGAAAAGGCGGCAAUUGAUUAUUCUCCACGAUCAAAAUGGCAUCCAGCAACAACUCUGCAUGCAGCCGUUCUUCUGGAUCAGCAGUAAGUGCUGCUUACGCUCGAGCUAAAGCAGAAGCUGCUAAGGUGAGAGCAUCUUAUGCAACCAAAGAAGCACAGUUAAAAGUUGAAAGAGCACAAAGUGAAUUGGAAAAAGCUAAAAUAGAGGCAACAUUGGAAGUGAUAACAUUACAAAAGGAAGCUGAUGCUGCUGUGGCUGAAGCCCAAGUGCUGGAGGAAGCUGAAGCAACACAAGAGGAGCCCGACAGGAGAAAAGCUCUGUCAGAAAAGUCAAUAUUAGAACGUACAAGUGAAUACGUACAAUCUCAAAUGGGCAUAAUACAAUCUCCAUGUCCUGAAAAAGCACCAACCACCUCUCGCCCACGAGUAAGCUCACUCGAUACAUUUGUAUCAUGGCAUCCUCACGUUGAACACAGUGUAGAGCCACAACCCAUCAGCUCUGAACAAAAGCUCACUAAGGACAAUGUUGCUGCCCUAAAUAUGCCCAGUCAGACUAUAAGUGAAAUGAAACAAAACGCUCACUUCAACCCAACUUGCUCACCGUUCACGCCUCACCGCAACACCCCAGCCAGCAUUUCAUACCCAGUUGAGCCAUUUGCACAAUACAUAGCAAGACGAGAUCUGAUCACUUCGGGCCUUUACCAGUUUGAUGAUAGGCCAGAGAAUUAUGGAGCAUGGUACUCUUCAUUUUGUAGUGCAACAGCGGAUGUUCACCUAAGUCCCAUUCAACAGCUAGAUCUCAUGACAAAAUGGUUAGGGAAAGAGUCGAGUGAUCAGGUAAAACGCAUACGCUCAGUACAUGUCAACAACCCUACAUUGGCUCUACAUAAAGCAUGGGAGAGACUAAACGAAUGUUAUGCGGCUCCUGAAAUAAUCGAAAAGUCACUCUUCCAACGAUUGGACAGUUUUCCAAGAAUAACGGUCAAAGAUAACAUCAAACUGCGUGAACUAGGGGAUCUACUACAAGAGAUUGAAAGCGCCAAGGAAGAUGGCUACCUCCCUGGCCUACAAUAUCUGGACACUUCUCGCGGAAUUAGGCCUAUUGUUGAAAAGCUCCCACACGGUCUUCAGGAAAGGUGGAUGUCACAUGGAUCUCAAUAUAAAGAGGAAAAUCGAGGCUGUUUCCCACCCUUUAAGUAUUUCUGCCAAUUCGUGUGCAAAGAGGCUAAGAGACGCAAUGAUCCAAGUUUCCACCAACAAUACGGCCAAACACACUCAAGACCAGAAAAGGAUUCAAAGAACUUUUUCUCUACCCAGAUCAACAAGGCUCCCUCACUGGCACAAGAGAAUGGCGGGGAGGGAGAAAACAGUCCUGACACAGUUGAUGUCACAACAAGCUGCACAGAUGUGUGCGGACCAGAUGCAUCAACCAAGGCCAUAGGGGCCGUAAGCUAUUUAAAGGCAACCCAAGCAGAUGGCAAGGUUGAGGUUGGAUUCAUAAUGGGCAAGGCAAAGCUAACUCCCCUGUCAGAACCAACCAUACCAAGACUUGAACUCUGUGCAGCAGUCUUGGCAGUGGAAAUGGCUGACCUCAUUCAGGACGAGUUGGACUUACAUUUUGAUGCAAUACACUUUUAUACCGACAGUAAGGUGGUGCUAGGCUACAUCUGCAACGACUCUAGAAGAUUCUAUACAUAUGUCCACAACAGAACACAGCGCAUUCGCCAGUCGUCAAAGCCAGAACAAUGGCACUAUGUGCGUACAGAGGAAAACCCAGCAGACCAUGCGUCGAGGUCAUUGUCAGCAGCUCAGCUAAAAAGGUCAACUUGGUUCACCGGACCAUCCUUCAUCCGCCAUCCUCCUGCAGAGAUACCACACGUGAGUGAAGUCUUUGAUUUAAUCGAACCUGACAAAGAUUCAGAGAUUAGGCCAGAAAUCAGAACUUAUGUUACUCACCUCCGAGUACUCAACAGUGAACGUUUCGAGCGCUUUUCUACUUUCAAGUCCUUAGUCAGAGCUAUAGCAAACCUUAUCCACAUCGCAAAAUCUUUCAAUGGGACUAAUCCAAACAGCAAAUGCAAAGGCUGGCACAAAUGUCACCUCCCGCGAACUCCAGAGGAGAUAGCUCAGGCAAAAACUGUCAUCCUCAAAGAGACACAAAAGGCUCACUUUGAAAAAGAACUUUCUGCCCUUAAUGCUGGUAAGCCAAUCUCAAAGCAGAGCCCUCUACAAAAGCUCAGUCCAAUCCUGCAGGAUGGUCUCAUCUCUGUCGGUGGCCGACUCAAACACUCAGAAAUUGAGAAUUUGGAAAAAAGUCCAUUAAUUCUUCCUAAACACAGUCACAUCUCUCUCCUGCUCACUCGUCAUCACCACGAGCUAGUGGAACAUCAAGGCCGUCAUCUGACGGAAGGAGCCAUCAGGGCUGCAGGACUGUGGGUUUUAGGGUGCAAAACACUUGUCAACUCAGUGAUCCACAAAUGUGUAACCUGCCGCAAAUUGCGUGGGAAAGUAGAACAACAACUCAUGGCGGCUCUACCACCUGAACGCCUAAAGACUUGUUCUCCUUUUACUUAUGUUGGCCUCGACGUUUUCGGGCCCUGGACUAUUACUGCCAGACGCACCAGGGGCGGACUAGCUGAAAGUAAGAGAUGGGCCAUUAUGUUUACCUGCAUGAGUUCAAGGGCUGUCCAUAUUGAGGUAAUCGAAUCUCUAGACACCUCCAGCUGCGUAAAUGCCCUCCGUCGCUUCUUUGCUCUAAGAGGUCCCGCCAAACAGUUGUUGUCAGAUCGGGGCACCAAUUUUGUUGGGGCUUCCAAGGAACUAGGAAUGGACAAAUCAAUGCAGAAGUAUCUAACAGAGCAAGGUUGCAGCUGGGAGUUCAAUCCUCCACAUGCGUCUCACAUGGGAGGUUCUUGGGAGCGCAUGAUCGGAGUUGCCCGCAGAAUCCUGGACUCCAUGUUGCUGCGAAAUAAGAUACAGUUGACUCAUGAGGUGCUAUGCACACUCAUGGCCGAAAUAACAGCCAUCAUAAACGCAAGGCCACUUGUCCCAGUGUCGUCGGAUCCAGAGAACCCCUUUGUUCUAUCCCCAUCGAUGCUCAUUACACAGAAAUCUUGCCUUCAACCUCCACCCGGAGAUUUCUUGGAUAAAGACCUUUACACCAAACAAUGGAGACAAGUUCAAGCUCUUUCCAACCAGUUUUGGACACGCUGGAGGCAUGAGUAUUUGCCCACAUUGCAACAAAGACAGAAAUGGACUGUAUCAUGUAGAAACCUUCAAGUUGGUGACCUAGUUCUGCUAAAGGACGCGCAAGUUACACGCAACAGCUGGCCCAUGGCAAAGGUUAAUGCAACAUUCCCAGGCAAAGACAGUCGAGUAAGAAAGAUCGAGGUAAAGGGAUGGAGUCAAGGUUGUGUGAAGACAUUCAUGCGACCAGUUACAGAAGUUAUCCUUCUCAUGCCAAAGGACUGA